CCAGGAAGCGAUAGCAAGCUCAGCAAGGCUUCAUCUGCUGUUAGAAGUUGGUGUGCUACAGGUGAGGGCACCUCCUUCUUGUGGAGAUGUAGGAAUACCUGGUUCUGGGAUUGGUGCUCAAGGUCUUCAGGAAGAGCCUCUGCUGUUUUGCAGUUCACAGCCAUGAACAAAGUAACUGGAGAUGUAAAAUGGUGAGUGAGGAACUACAGCUACGUGACUACUAAGCAACGAGGAAUGUAAGUGAAGCGCUGGAAGCCAAAGGGUGGAAAAUGAGUGCUUUCAAAAAGCAUCAUAGUCUUUCUCCCAGGACCUUCAGAAGAUCUUUGUCAGAACAAGAUGCUGGCCCAGCUGCCUUGAAGGACUACCACUGGUACCACCAAAUGAAAAGCAAGAAGUUGAAUAAACAGAUGAGUUUUGACUCAGAGAAAACUCUUGGAGCGUACAGGUGGCCAACACAUCCUUGGCCUCCCUGGAGGGUGAGCAGAAGAGCGGGCUCCUCCGGUUCGAAAGGGGAAUGCAGUGACCCACAUCUUGGUAAAAGUUCUGCGAGCAUGGAUGCCGACAGUCUCCAGGAAGACCCCCGUGAGCCGCUGUUCCCGACGAGGAGCCGGCCGUCGCGCGUUCCCUUCAGCCGCUCGCUGUCCGAGCCCGCGCGGCCGGCCCUGCAGGCCGAGCAGCAGGGCUUCUUCAUCCACAGCAUCUUCUCCUCGCUCUCCAGCGGCUUUGCAAAGAUCGUCAGCUGGAAAGGGGAGCCUGUCAGCGAGUCCAUAGCUGAAGGGAAAACAGAGGACAAUCAAAGUGUUGUGAGUGCAGAUGUGAAAGGACCACCCACCCACAGACUGUCCUGUGGCCAGUCCCCCUACACUGAGAUGACAACAUGGGAGAGGAAAUACUGCAUCCUGACAGACAGCCAGCUGGUGCUGCUCAACAGGGAGAAGGAGGUGCCCGCAGAAGGGAUCCCGGAGCCGCAGGAUGCCUCCCGCGGGCGCUGCCUGCGCCGCACGGUCAGCGUGCCCUCCGAGGGCCAGUUCCCCGAGUACCCGGCAGAGGGGGCCGCCCAGCUAGAGGUCCCAGCAGAGAGAUCUCCUCGCAGACGGAGCAUCUCGGGGACCAGCACCUCUGAGAAAACCAACUCCAUGGAUGUUCCGAACACUUCUCCUUUCAGAGUACCAGGCUUCUUCAGUAAGCGCCUGAAAGGAUCCAUCAAGAGGACAAAGAGUCAAUCCAAACUGGACAGGAAUAUAAGCUUCCGACUGCCCUCUCCCAACAGUUCUGAGGACAGACCACGUGAGCUGCCCAAGCUGAAGGAGUCCCGUUCCCAUGAGUCUUUACUGAACCAAGCCAGCACCAUAGAGACUCUGGACUUUGCAGCAGAAGAAGCAGUCUUUGUCAAACCACUUCACAACAGUAUCCUUGGACGAGACUUCUGCUUUGAGGUAACCUACUCCAAGGGCAGUAAAUGCUUCAGUUGUUCCUCUGCAGCAGAGAGGGACUGGUGGAUGGAAAACAUACGCAGACUAUCGCAGCCAAUGAAGGACAAUUGCCGUCGAGCUGAGAACGUGCUUCGCCUCUGGAUCAUAGAGGCCAAGGACCUGACCCCAAAGAAGAAAUACUUCUGUGAGCUGUGCCUUGAUGACACCCUCUUUGCCCGCACCACCAGCAAAGCAAAAGCAGAUAACAUUUUCUGGGGGGAGCACUUUGAGUUCUACAGCCUCCCACACAUCCAGAGCAUCACGGUUCACAUCUACAAGGACGUGGAGAAGAAGAAGAAAAAGGACAAGAACAAUUACGUAGGGCUGGUCAACAUCCCCACGGCCAGCGUGACCGGCCGCCAGUUUGUGGAGAAAUGGUACCCAGUCAGCACCCCUACAGCCAGCAAAGGCAAGGCUGGGGGCCCUUCCAUCCGCAUCAAAUCCCGCUACCAGACCAUCACCAUCCUGCCCAUGGAGCAGUACAAAGAGUUUGGGGAGUAUGUUACCAGCAAUUACGCCCUGCUGUGCUCCGUGCUGGAGCCUGUGAUCAGCGUGAAGAACAAGGAAGAGAUGGCUUCUGCCUUGGUGCACAUUCUUCAGAGCACUGGGAGAGCCAAGGACUUCUUGACAGAUUUGGUGAUGGCUGAGGUCGAUCGUUGUGCAGAACAUGAUGUCUUGAUCUUCAGGGAGAACACCCUUGCUACCAAAGCUAUUGAGGAAUACCUCAAGCUGGUAGGACAGAAGUACCUCCAGGAUGCACUGGGGGAGUUUAUCAAGGCUGUGUAUGAGUCGGAUGAAAACUGUGAAGCAGAUCCCAGCAGGUGCUCACAGAGUGAGUUAGCAGAUCAUCAGUGCAACCUGAAAAUGUGCUGUGAGCUGGUCUUCUGCAAGAUUAUCAAUUCUUACUGCGUGUUCCCCCGCGAGCUGAAGGAGGUGUUUGCAUCUUGGAAGCAGCAGUGCCUGAACAGGGGCAAGCAGGACAUCAGUGAACGGCUGAUCAGCGCCUCUCUCUUCCUGCGCUUCCUGUGCCCUGCCAUCAUGUCCCCCAGCCUCUUCAACCUGAUGCAGGAGUACCCUGACGACCAGACCUCCCGCACGCUCACCCUCAUCGCCAAGGUCAUCCAGAACCUCGCCAACUUCGCCAAGUUUGGUAUUAAGGAAGAGUACAUGGCCUUCAUGAAUGAAUUCUUGGAGCAUGAGUGGGGAGGAAUGCAGCGUUUUCUGAGGGAGCUCUCUAACCCAGAUACCAUCUCCAACAUGCCUGGAUACGACGGCUACAUCGACCUGGGCAAAGAGCUCUCGGUGCUGCAUUCCCUCCUCUGGGAGGUGGUGUCCCAGCUUGAUAAGGGUGAAAAUUCCUUCCUACAGGCAACCGUGGCAAAACUGGGACCUCUCCCCCGUAUUCUUGCGGAUAUCACAAAAUCCAUGAGCAGCCCCACACCCACGCAGCAGCAGCUGAAGCGUUUCACGGAGCACAGCUCCAGCCCAAACGUCGCUGGAAGUCUCUCCUCGGGACUUCAGAAGAUAACUGAGGACCCCAGCGAUGGUGACAUAAACAAGAUGAAGUCUCCAACCCAGGAAAAUGUAGAUGGACAUUUUAGGGGCAAGACCUUACUGCUGGUUCAGCAGGCAUCCACCCAGAGCAUGACGUGCUCGGAUAAGGAUGAGAAGGUAAGUGUCUUGCCCAACGGCCGUAGCAUCUCCCUCAUGGACCUGCAGGACCCCCACACAGCUCACAGCGACGCCACUUCCAUGAUGCACGACGUGCCUUUGCGCCUGGCGGGCAGCCAGCUCUCCGUCACCCAGGUGGCCAACAUCAAACAGCUGUGGGACACCCAGAGCACCCCCCAGAGCGCUCCCCAGGUCCGGAGGCCGCUGCACCCGGCGUGGAACCAACAGGGCAGCCUCCGGCCCCUCUCAUUCCAAAAUCCGGUUUACCAGCUCAACAACCCGAGCCCCCCCACGGCCAAGGCCUCCGUGGACUCCAGCCCGGAGAACCUGAGCACCGCCAGCUCCCGGAGCCGCAGCAACAGUGAGGACUUCAAGCCCAGCGGGCGCAGCAACAGCAGCCUGGAGGACUCGGCCAAGCGCAGCUCGCAGAGCGAGGACUCGGCGCGGCGCCCCGACAAGCACGUGCCGGUGGUGCUGCCACGGCAGAACAGCAGCAGCCAGGCGCAGAUCCGCAAGAUGGACCAAGCCGUGCUGGGCACCAGGGCCAAAACGCUGCACACGCUGACGCACAGCCCGUCCCUGCGCAGCACGGGCAGCGCGUCCGCCGCCUCGGGGGCCGUGGAGCCCGUGCAGAACGGGAACCGCUCCCGGCACCAGUCCUCGUCCUCCAGGGAGAGCCCCGUCCCCAAGGUGCGCGCGAUUCAGCGGCAGCAGACGCAGCAGGUGCAGUCACCAGUGGACUCGGCCACGCUGUCCCCGGUGGAGAGGACGGCGGCGUGGGUGUUCAACAACGGCCAGUACGAGGACACCAAGAAGGACAUGACUCAGAACCUGGACGAAGUCAAGCAUGCUGAGAAGUACGAGCAGGAGAUCGCCAAGCUGAAGGAGCGCCUGCGCGUGUCCAGCCGCCGGCUGGAGGAGUACGAGCGGCGGCUCCUGGUGCAGGAGCAGCAGAUGCAGAAGCUGCUCACAGACUACAAAUCCCGGCUGGAAGACAGUGAGGACAGGCUGCGCAGGCAGCAGGAGGAGAAGGACAGCCAGAUGAAAAGUAUCAUCAGCAGACUCAUGGCUGUUGAAGAGGAGCUGAAAAAGGAUCACGCUGAGAUGCAAGCAGUCAUUGAUGCAAAGCAGAAAAUCAUUGAUGCACAGGUCAUAAAUGGGGAUGAGAUAAUUCCAACAGGAGAAGCGGAUCGUGUUCCUGGACUCGGCCAACACGCGCCUGAUGAGUGCCCUGACGCAGGUAAAGGAGCGCUACACCAUGCACGUCCGGAAUGGCAACCCUCCCAAGCUUUCCAUCACGGAGAAUGGUGAAUUUAAGAACAGCAGUUUCUAAUUCUGCAGGUGCUGCCAGCCACCUCCGUGGAAGAGCAAGACGGAGCAGAGCCAAGACCCCUCACCGUCACUGAUUGUUGCACAUAGUUCUUCUGUAAAAGGAAAAUUGUAUUGUUUGAAGAUUGUAUUGUUUGAAGAUUGUUCUAAAAUUGUUUUAGAGUUGUAUUUUAAAAUUGUAUUUUAAAUUGUUUUAAGAUAGUAUUGUACAUUCAAUAAAGUUGAAAAAGCAGCUCCGAAGGGUGGGCUUUAAUUCCCCACUCAGGGCCAGGAGAACCAGGUUCCCCGGAAUAAGUCCUUGUGGAUCACUGUGUAAAUAGAGGGAGCUCUUGGGUUGUGUACAGAAAAUGCCAAUGUAAUAUACCAAAAGGAAGUGAAUACUGUAGAUUUUUUAAUUAUUGCUAUUUUUUUUAUUAUUAUUAUUAUUAUGUUGUUGUUGUUGUUAUUGUUGUUGUUGUUUUUCUCUUGUUGAAAGCACUGCAGUCCUGGGAGGAGGAAGAGGGGGGUGUGUGUGCGUGUGUGUUGUGGGUGAGAGACGUGAGCAGCGGGUGACCCGAGGCAGCAACUGGCUGAUCAAAGGACAUGAAUGGAGUGAAAUGAAUUCCAUAGGAAAACUCACCAGCUGGGUUUAUUCCCCUCUUCCCCAGCUGGUCUUUAGCUGAAUGCAAACUUGAUAGCAAACGUUUUAGCAAGAGAACUGGCUCUUGCUGUGUCCUGUACCUACUUCUGAUAGGACUCUGUCAUAAAACAGUCUGUCUGAAGAAGGUACAAAGUGGGAGCAGCAAGCUGGAUUCCUGGAAUUUGCACAGUCAGGCUUCCUGUCAGACAGAGGGAAUCUGCAGGAUUUUGUGGUAGGAUUCUUUCUUUUGUACCCCAGUUCUGAUGCAGUUUUAUAUUUUCUUCUGUUUGGAGGAUUUACAGACCUGUAAAUACUUUUUAGACGAUUUCUAGCCGAUGCCCACUGUACACCCCCUGCAGAGGCACCCUGAAUUCCCUCUCUGCUCUCCAUCAGGAACAGACAGGUUAAUCCUCUUGGGAAAGGGCUAACCAAAGGGUGCCCAUGCCCAGCACAGGAAAUUCCAUAUGCAAAAGUCCCUUUUUCUAGAGGAUUUCUGUAUUUUAAUGCUUGCUUAUUUUCACUAUUUCAGCCACUUGCUUAGCCAGCGUAGUUCCAAUGAAAGGUGCUUUCUUCACUGUUGUUGAAAGAUCUUCCAUUUCUGCUGAAAUUUUCGUUUUUCUGGAUAACUUAAAGGGAUACUGCAGUUUUUUCUGGAGUUUUGACUAAGUUUUUGUCUCCAGUUCCUUUCAGUUGUGUUUCAUAGAAGCAUGAUUCCAGACUGUGUGUGAAUGGGAUAUCGCUCCAAAGUGACCUUCUCCUGGGAGACAGUGACAUUCACAACCUGUAACAGACGAACAGCAAAUGGCUUGGUAUUGUCAAUUCUCAUCGUUUCAUCAAGUGCCACAAUAUUUAAUCUGAGAGAGGGUUGGCUUUUUUUUUUAAUAUCAGAUUCUGGAGUCAAGUGUGAAUUUUUACUUCCAGCUUUUGCUGUGCAUUUCUAGCCCUCAAACCCUCACAGUAAAUGAAAGUAUUGCAGCAUUGAUUGAAAUUGUUAAUUACAGAAACAUACUGAUAACAGUGAGUGUGAUUAACCAUUCACAGAUGUUGUGGAAAUUGGAAAAGUUUACUUCAAUUUGAGACAAAACCUUGAGAGGCAUCUCAGUGUGGGAUCGUCUCAUGAAAAAUGCAGGAGUGUCUAAGCCAGUUCCCUGCACAUGAAUUACUGGCAAUACCAAGACCCAAACCUGGUGUCUGUUGCCAAAUUUGCCUGGUUUUUGGAAAUAAAUUCACCCCAGCCCUGUGGCUGAUGCAGGAGGUGGCAGAGCAGUGUGUGUGCUCUGGUGUCACGAUGCUCAAGCUGCCAUCACCACCCCUGUGUGUUCUGUGCAUCAGUGCAGGCUGUGUGUGCAUCAAUCCUAGCCAGGCCUUCUGGAGCACAGCAGUGAGCUGGGAUUUGGGAUUAAUGCUUGGCUCUUUGGGAUCUGAGCUGCUCUGGCUGCUCGGCCAGGACUCGGUGCUGCUGGCACUGACACACCUGGGGUUGUGCUCUGCAUUGGCUCAGCAGUGGUUACUUUUCCAUACUUUCCAAACCGUCUUCCAGCUCUAGAUCCUUGCUGACCUCUGAUAUUUUAUUCCUCAAACUGUGCCUUUGAGUUUCUCCUUUCUCCCUUCAGGCAUCACAGCCGUAGCAAUUUGUCCAGUUUGUGUUGAGCUGUCACGUGAGGGCCUCUUUUACACAACCCUUUUUGUGGGCUCUUUCUGUGGGAUCUGCAUGUCCCUGUAGCCAUGUGCUGUAAUUGCACAGCUGUAGCAUGGGGGAACGUGUUCCCAUCCCUGUUGGCAUGGGCAUGUGAACUGCUCCCUUGUGGCCCGUGCAGGUGAUGUGGGUGUGCUGUGAGCGAGGUGUGAGUGAGCGCCCGUGGGGCUGCACUGACAGGACACAGCAGAAGCACAUGUGGUCUUCUAGGAGAGUUAUUCCAGCAUUAUUUUGGGAAGCACCUUUCCCCAGAGCUCCCCAGUGCUCUGGUAAUGUCAGAGGUUGCUGGCUGACCUGUGUGGUUUGAUGCUGAGGUGUCCACUUUGGUUUCUGCAAUAGGGGCAGCAUUUCAGCCUGAAUUUUUAGAGUGGGAAUAAUCCAGGCCCCAGUAUUGGUGAGGUCUUUGGUAGUGCAUCAUUGCAAUACUGUACCUUCUCCUGUGUGUUUCUCAAGCUUGUAGGAAAAAGCAGUGGCUCUCUCAGAGCCUGACCCCUCUCUGUGGUCUCACAGCUCGUUUCUCUGCCUUUCCACUUUCUCCCCUUAGGUGCCAGGCGUGCUCCUCUAGCUCUGCCACCGAGGGCAGAGCUGC